ACGACAUGGAAUUGAUCCCAUGACUGACAUAUUGGGGAGAUGUUUGCAUGUGACAUUACAAAAUAAAAACUAAUACCUACUUUAUUCUUUGAUGGAUUAUCACAGGUCCCCAGCAAAAAUUCUUCAGAAGGUCAAGUCAAUCUUCAAGUUCAUUUGCCAUAACAACCCGCAUAACAAUAAAAACUAUGGGCUUUAAAUUAUAGACAAGACAAAUCCUCAUUGAUGUGUUUCUUUUUUUUUUCUGCUUUCGUUCAAACCAACUAUACAUCAUGUUGAACUUUCCCCUUUAUAUGCUUUAACUUCUAUUAAAAAGAGAAAAGAUUACACAUGUAAUGUGAUAUCCAUGCAUACCGUACAUGUUCACAAAAGCUGAUAAUAGGGAUUGAAAAUGUAAAAAAUGAAAAUCCAUAUUUUAUUGUUCGAAAUAAACAAAUGAAAUAAUCAGAAAAUUUGCUUUGCCCAAUUGAUUGUUUGCUCGGCAGCCGCUGGGCAGUGCCAGAUCGACUAUCCCUUUAAUCGUUGAACGCCAAAUUGGGUAGCAGCAACUCCCAUCUUUUAACGUCUUUUGAUCUGACGCGGCCGGGGUUUGAACCCCGGACCUCCCGGUUGUGAGACGGACGCUCUACCAACUGAGCCAACACCCCGGUAAUUGUGUUAUUUGUGUUAUUCAUUCAACAUGUUUUCUUCUCAUGACUUUGUUUCCAGCAAGCAUACGAAGGCAUAGCACCGGCAAUUAAAGUUCAGUUCCUCAUCCAGACGAUAGGCAAUCAAGGACCUCCAGAGAGAACACAGCUUGCUGCUGUCCUACUCCGACGUGUCUUCAAUACCAACUUUGACGAGUUAUGGCCCAACACCCCUCAGGAUGUGCAGGAGAUGAUCAAAACACAGCUGGUACAGAUCCUGCAGCACAUCACAGAUGGCUCGUUGAGGCGGAAGGUCUGUGAUGCCAUCGCAGAACUUGCCCGCAAUCUCAUCGAUGAUGAUGGGAACCAGCUGUGGCCGGAUAUCCUCCAGUUCUUAUUCCAAUGUAGCACAUCAAGCAGCCCCGAGCUCAAGGAAAGCGCACUUCAUAUUUUCAAUAAUUUUCCUGGUAUUUUUGGCAACAAGCAAGAGUAUUACCUGGUCGUCAUCAAAGGCAUGUUGGCUCAAUGCCUUGAAAAACAAGAACAACCGCAGGUUCGAGUUGUUGCUGCCAAGGCUACAAUAUCAUUCAUAGUCACAAAUGGAAAAGAGAAAGCCAUACAGAAACAUUUCAUGGAUCUUAUGCCUAGUGUUCUGGAUAUCGUGACAGAGAGUAUCAAGGGACAGGAAGAUGACACUCUACUCAAAGCUUUCCUAGAGUUGGAGGAAAGCACGCCCAAGCUCCUCAGACCCUACAUGGACUCCAUCCUUAACCUUGCCGUUGGUAUCAUUCAGGAAAGCAGUUUCCCCGACAGUUGGAGACAACUUGGCUUGGAGAUGGUGGUGACGUUGGCAGAAGCCGCAGCGGCAACUUUAAGGAGAUAUCCCAAGCAUAUUGAGAGUUGUGUUCCAUUGAUGCUGAACAUGAUGAUGGAUCUGGAGGAUGACCCCGACUGGGCAAACUCUGAUGAGAUCGACGACGAAGACAAUGACAGCAACGCCGUGGCAGGAGAAAGCGCCCUUGAUAGGUUCGCGUGUGGAAUUGGAGGAAAGACGAUACUCCCACAUAUUAUCAAUGCCAUCCCCAAAAUGUUACAGCAAGCUGACUGGAAGUCGAGGCAUGCUGCUCUUAUGGCUGUGUCAGCUGUUGGCGAAGGGUGUCACAAAGAAAUGGAAACACUGUUGCAGUCGGUGUUAGACUCUGUACUGCCGUACUUACUUGAUGAGCAUCCGAGAGUUCGUUAUGCAGCCUGCAAUGCGUUAGGUCAGAUGGCAACUGAUUUCGCUCCCACAUUUGAGUUGAAGUUCCACGACAAGGUCAUUGGAGGACUUCUCCGAGCACUGGACGAUUAUGGUCAUCCGCGUGUCCAAGCCCAUGCCGGUGCAGCGCUGGUCAACUUCAGUGAGGACUGUCCAAAGUCCAUCCUUCAACCAUAUCUCCAGUCCAUCCUAGAAAAGCUAGAAGCCAUCAUUGCUGUUAAAAUGCAAGAGCUCCUACAGAAAGGAACUAAAUUAGUCUUGGAACAAAUGGUGACCACACUUGCUGCCGUUGCUGACACGACAGAGGAAAAUUUCACACCGUUCUACGAUAAGUUCAUGCCCAGCCUCAAAUAUAUCAUUCAGAAUGCUAACACAAAGGAGUAUAGGUUGCUGAGGGGGAAGACGAUCGAGUGCGUCAGUUUGAUCGGUUUGGCUGUCGGAACACAGAAGUUCAUGCAAGACGCCAACGAGGUGAUGGACCUCCUGUUACGAACUCAGACCGAUUCCAGCGAGCUCGAAGACGACGACCCACAGACGUCGUACAUGAUCUCAGCAUGGGCCAGGAUGUGCAAACUCUUAGGACCUAGCUUUGCCAACUAUCUGCCAGUCGUCAUGAAACCCUUGCUAAAGACUGCAUCCCUCAAACCAGAAGUAGCCCUCCUUGAUUCCGAGGCUGCCAAGAACAUCAGUGAAGAAGAAGGAUGGCAGUUUGUAAAUCUAGGUGACCAGCAAAGUUUUGGUAUCAAGACGGCUGGCUUGGAAGACAAGAGCACGGCCUGUCAGAUGUUGGUCUGUUACGCCAGGGAAUUGAAGGAAGCCUUUUCUGAUUACACCGAUCAGGUGGUGGAGAUCAUGGUGCCUCUCCUCAAGUUCUACUUUCAUGAUGUUGUGAGGUAUACUGCCGCUGAGUCGCUUCCGCUUCUCUUGGAAUGUGCCAAGAUCAAAGGAGAGGACUACUUGGAUGCAAAGUGGGCUUAUAUCUACCCGGAGUUACUCAAAGCCGUCCAGACGGAACCAGAGGUGGACAUCCUGCAACAGCAUAUGGAGUCUUUCAGUAAGUGUAUAGAGUUCUUGGGACAGAGAUCGUUAAAUCCCAAUCAAAUGCAGGAAGUUGGGACGACCUUGAAUGACAUGUUUGAACAGCACUUCAAGAGACAACAGGAGAGACAAGAACAAAGAAAAGAUGAAGACUAUGAUGACAUUGUAGAAGAAGGACUUCAAGAUGAGGAUGAUGAUGAUGUCUACCUACUCAGUAAAAUCUCGGAUAUCUUACAUGCUGUAUUAGGCACGUAUGCCGAUGUUGCCCUUCCUUUCUUUGAAAUGCUUUUGAAAAACAUCAUCAGAUUAUUGCCUCAGGACAAACCAUGGACAGACAGGCAGUGGGGUAUUUGUAUGUUUGAUGACCUCAUAGAAUUCUGCGGAUCGAUUGCGUGGCAGUAUAAGGAUUAUUUUCUCGUUUCGAUGCAAGAGAAUUUACAGGACAAGAGUCCUGAAGUCAGGCAGGCGGCAUCCUACGGGUUCGGGGUCAUGGCAAAGUGUGGAGGUCCACAGUUUGCUCAAGCUUGCGUAGAAGCUGUUCCGUUCCUCAGUGCAACCAUCAUGGCUGCCGGAGCGAGGGAGAAAGAGAACCUCAACGCCACGGAGAAUUCCAUCGCCGCGGUAACGAAGAUCAUCAAGUAUCAUCAAGACAGGGUGAACCUGAAUGAGAUAAUUCCACUCUGGUUCUCGUGGUUACCUGUUACAGAAGACAAGGAAGAGGCCGGCCACAUCUAUGACUUCCUCUGCGAUAUCGCUUGGACUGGAAACGAGGUCAUCAUGGGAAAAAACAAUCAGAAUUUACCAAACAUCCUGUCGGUCAUAGCGGAAGCCUUCGAUCGAGAAGCUCUCUCAGAAAACGAAGAGGUCUUCAUAAAGUGUUGCAGGUUCAUCAGGGAUGUGCAAAAUAACGGGGACAUAUGGGGACCGGCAUUUGCCGAACUGAAUGAAGAGCACCAACGUGUAAUCACGGCAGCGCUUCAGAUGACGGCUUCAUAGAAGUCGCCAGAUGGGGUCCUUGUCUUUUAUUUCACGGCUUUUCGAGGGCGACAGACACAUCCCUAUCUUCUCUUGGUCUGUCACGCAUAAGACUCAUGAACGAUCAUAAAUUUAUCUUGGCAUUUUCUUCUGAUUUUGGAACAAAUGUACCAUUUUUCUUCUCAUUGCAAAACUUUCAUAUCUUUCUCCUUCGUUUCUACAGUGGCUUUUAUAGGUUUUUCCAGGGCGUUGAGAGCUUUUGUGAAGUAGAUAAGAGAGAAUCGUGUGAUUUAUCUGAGAAUCAAAUAUAAUACUUCUAAGUUUAUUGAAGAGCGAUCAUGAAUAAGAAUAUCAUAUGGUUAAGAAUUGAAUCGGUUGCAGAGUUUUGAUAAUCUGAGGGUAAUUGUGAGGUUCCCGUUUUUAAGAUCAUAGUGUUCGAAGUUUUUGUCUGGUGAUGUGGCAACGUAAUAGCUGAUGAGGAAGGCCAGUGAAAUGCAGUCUGCAAAAUGAUGAUCUUGAAAGUUAUGUAACAUGAUUCCAUACUCUUUCAAUACUAUGGGUAGAUUCUUUUAUUAACCACAAAGCAUCAACUUAUAUUGUCAUCAACUUAUAUUGUUUUUCUUGCGAUAUCUGUCGAGAUAACAUUACUUCGAGCCAUCUACAUCAAAGAAAGAAGAAUUAUUCCAUCUGUGUAUGAAAUUAUUCACAUUUCAAUGCUCCAUGUUGAAAAUCGUUCUGGGAUUCUUUUUUCUUAUUGUCGAUUCCUGUGAGUUUGGGUAGUAAACUUUACAGAAUGAUAUGCUGAUGAAGGAUUUAUUCAGACUGUUUUCAUCAGCAAAUCAAAUAAUAAUGCAUGCUGGUUGAGUGAUGUGCAGUGAUGAGAUAGAAAUAGAGGAAGUCAUAUUCUGUUAUGGUUCGGGGAAAACUUUGAGGGAUAGCGGGAGGCCUUAAACUUCUGUAAUUUUCAGGCAAGGCGACUGUUCAAAAGGCCACAUUUUUGCAUUACAGCACAAAUUGGCACAAAAAUAUGCUAGGCUGGUGAAAGGGAGUGAGGAAUACAAGUAGGUCAUGGCUUUGAGUCAAAUCAAGCCCCGCGCUGUGGCACUUUGUUUAUAGACAAAUAUUGAACAUGUGAAAUCUGAAAUCUCAAUGACAUUUCUUUCAUACACGUGUUCAUGAUCAACCAUUUAUUUGCAUGAAUUAUAUAAGAAGUCUGAAAAUGUGUCAGACGAUAUAGCAUGGAGUGUUUUACAUAGUAUUAUAGUUGAAUUUAUAUAGUUAAGAAAUAUGAUACCCUUCCCCAGUUAUGUAAUUGACCAAGUCAGUACUACAGUUAGUCCUUUUCUUUUUCCCCUUUUUGAUUUGCUAUUUGGUUCUACCAUACAUGUGGAUGUAUGCAAUUUCACAAAUGAAUAAAGUGUUAUUUUAGCAUGACAAGUAUAUAAUUGUGAAUUGAAAUGAAUAAUACUGCAUGUGAAUGCAUGCUGUAUUAAGUGAAACGAUAGUUGGAUUGAUUUGAAUUUAUUAUUUGAAUCCCAUUUUUUUUUCAUUUGAAUGUUGAGGACCAUUUAUAAACAAUUCCAUAUCUGCUAUUGUUUUGUUGAUGGUAUAUUAUUUCAAAGAGCUGAAUUAUGAAUAUGUUUCUUGUUGUUCACGCGAGUAUUGUGUUAAUCCAGAAUCCAUGUAUGUUGUACAUCUUGAAAAAACAAAAACAAAAACUGCCAUAUUGCUUUUUUCAGAUGGAGCACACAAUCUGCAAAGAAAAUGAUGACUGCAAUAUGACAAUGAAAAUUUGGUAAUCCCCCUUGAUUUGAUUAGAAUGCAUUUUUUUUAAUAAAACAGUUGGAAGAAGCACAUAAUUUGAUAUAUGUGAACAAGAAAUCAAAAUAUGCAAGAACAUGGACGGAGUAAUCUUUGUUUGAUAUAGUACCACAAAACAAUGUUGAACCAUGGAGGUAGACAGAAAAGGAGUAACAGCCCAUUAAAAAAUAUAUAUAGCCCAUAUAGAUUAGAUGUUAAUAUAUAGAUUUGCAUCAUACGUUCAAAAGAAUUUGAAGAUUUGCUGAAUUCAUAACAUAGUGAUUUCAUGUUGUGAACUUGUGAGUAAUAUUAUCUAAAUGAGAUUGGUGCAUGCCUUUCAGAAGCCGGUCUACCAUACCUCCUUUCAUCUGCAACUUGUUAUUGUGUCUCUGAUCCCAUCUCCGGUAAGGUUGUUUAGCUCUGUUGCACCCAUGACUGAACAAGCCAAGAGUCAUAGUGUUUCUUUCUCUUUGUAUUUGAAUCUUGGCAACUUAGAUCCCAUCAAUUAAAAAAACUUUAUCCAUGACAGGACAAGCCUAGAGUCUGAAAUUUCUUCCUCUUUUAAUGCCAAUGUUGGCAGGUUUGGAUCAUAUCAUUUCAUUAUUUGCUAUAGUACUAUUAACUUUUGCCAUGAUUUUAUGUAUCUGUGUAUCGUUUUGGCUUGGUUGUUCUUGUUAUCUUUCGCAAAGGUGUGUGAUUGCCGCCCCCCCCUUCUCUUUCAUAUGCCAUCCUAUAGUAUACAAGUUUUAUUUCGGUGUUAUGCUUCAAUUUUUGAAAUCCUUCAUUAAAUUAGACAUGCUGUAAUUGCUGUUUAAAACUCUCCAUCUCCCAUCAGUUAAUGUAUCCCAAUUCCGAAGAUUUCAGUUGUAAAUUACAUAAUUUCUUCUCCAUUAAAUACUUUUACCUUGUGGAGGUGAUGGUAUAUUUUUUGUGAAGAAUUAUUACUUGUUUGUACAUUGUGUAAGUAUAGGUAUUCAAAAAUGAUAUUUUGAGGGAUGUAAAAAGUUUACAAUUUGUCAUGAGCAAUUUGCUAGCAGCGUAGUAAAGACAAAUGUAAAUAAACACUUGAAGAAAAAUAAAUAUGUGCAACUUAUCGAAGAGAAUAGGGUAUGCAAAAUUUCUUUUGAAAUGUGAUUUAUUUUUGUAUAUUGUACAUGGAAAUACAUAUCAUAAGAUGUGAUUUAUAAUUCAGUUUAAGGCUAGAUAUUCUUGAAAUUAAGGGCACUAGUUUUUUUUUCCCUCAGUUUGAAUGCAUACACUACAAAUCAGUUGUACAUGUACCUUGAUUCCUUUGAGCAGUUAUCUAACAAUUAGCCUUUUUAGAAUUAAACUUUUAUUACCAGGUACACACCCUUAAAAACAUACUGUGUGGCUGCUAUUAAAAAUGGCUCAUCAGCCAGCAGUGAAAAAAUAGUCUUUAUGAAAAUUCUAAUUAUAAGGUCAAAUUCAAGAUGUUUAAGUGCAAAUCACAAAUUCUGGCAUAAGAGAUGACGAAAAGAUGUUCAAAACAAAUUCAAUCAAGUCUUUCAUGUCCACGGAUUACAUUUCAUGGGCAAUUGUUGCGCACAGCCUCACACAAUUGCACCUUUUAAUAUAUCAUGUGUUACUAUACAAUGUCUUUGUUCAAGUCUGUAAAGGUUAACAUGUAUAACUUGAAAUAAAUUUAUUAGUUUUAAUCAUGUAUUAUUUGUAUACUUUGAUAAUGAGGUCCAAUUACAAAACAUUUUUGUAAUUUUGGGGGAAAGUACUUGAGAAAUUAUCUUUGACACCAUCAAUCAGUAAAUAUAUAAAACAAGGAAUAGUAUGGGAAAUGAACUAGAAACAUGCAUCGUAAUUAUUUGAAUUUUCCACCAUUCAAUAGGCCCAUUUUCAAAACUGAUUCAAAUUUAUUAAAUGUAGGCAUGCUUUUUUUCCUGGGAACUCAAUGAGGUAUUCCUUUCACCUGUUAGUAGUAAUUCUUGGAAUCCAGAUGCAUACAUGCACAUUAGUUGUUGCUAUGCCUUUCAAGCCUCUAGCAAGCAUUCAGGUUGUCAAGAACAAGCUUUGAGUAAAAACGCAACCAUAAAAUUCAUAAGGGUUAGUACGAGUCGAGGGAGGGUUUCAUGAACCAUCUUGCCAGUGAUUUUCACUGUGAAAUUUGCUCUCAGCCAAUCAGAUUCAAGGAUUUCAGUUGCUUACAACAAAUUGGUCAGUGAAACUGAAAAUCACUUUCAUGAAAUGCUACCUUUUCUCCACCUUGUUCAGCUCACCGACUUUAAUUUUUCAAGAACUGUUGAUAUUGCCUCGUCUGAUCUGGAAGUGUACGCGCGUACCUGUAAACUGUUGCUGUUCGAGUAUGACUUAGUGAUUUUGUUCUUAUAAUUUCCGCUUUUAUCAUGUACCAAACUGAAUUCACCCAAAUGCUCUUCCUCUCAAAAUACAUAGUUGUGCCUUUUUAUUUCAUUUGUAAAUUUCAUGUAUAUUUCCUUUUGCAUAUAUUUAAUUUCCUAAAGAAUUGUUUUUUGCUUCUAUUUUUUUUCCUUAUUCAAUAGCAUAUUGCAAGGGUUAAAUGAUUAUUAUAUUCUCAUUAACCCGUUACAUGUAUGUACAUUAUUCGACAUUUAAAUUAAAACAUAGGACCUAUUUUAAUGAUCCAUAUUUGCAUAUUUUAGUGAUCGUUUCAUUUGGAGUAUUAUGUUUCUCUAGAAACCUCUUUCUAGUAUGUAAAACUCUGCAUCUGAGCAUUUUCUGCAUUGUUAGGAAGUGGGUACGCCUAAAACAUUCGGAAUACUUUUUUAUGUAUGAUACAAUAAAGUGAUUUUAACCUGAA